AUGGCGACACGGAGCUCCCUAGGGUUCACUGAGGAGCAGGUUGUGUGUGUGUGUGAGGUGCUCCAACAGGGGGGCUACAUUGAGAGGCUGAGUCAUUUCCUGUGGUCACUGCCCCCCACCUCUGGCCAUCUCGAGCAGAAUGGGAGUGUGCUCAUCGCCAAGGCCAUAGUAGCCUUCCAUGAGGGGAACUACAGAGAGCUCUACCAGAUCCUGGAGAGCUCCCAGUUCCCAGUGCAGAGCCACGUGAAACUGCAGCAACUCUGGCUCAGCGCACACUACAGUGAGGCCGAGAAACGGAGGGGCAGGCCCCUGGGGGCUGUGGGCAAAUACAGGGUCCGCAGGAAAUUCCCCCUCCCCCGCACCAUCUGGGACGGAGAAGAGACCAGCUACUGUUUCAAGGAGAAAUCCCGGGGCAUUUUACGGGAAUGGUACCUGCACAAUCCGUACCCCUCCCCCCGGGACAAGAGGGAAUUAGCCGGAGCCACUGGACUGACCGCGACCCAGGUCAGCAACUGGUUCAAGAACAGAAGGCAGAGGGACAGAGUGGCCGACUCCAAGGACAGGGGAAGCGAUGAGAACUCCAAUCCCCUAUACAAACAGCCCCUCCCGGGAACCAAGCUCCUGCUCAGCAGCUCUGACUCCGAGGAAUUCUCUCUUGGGCCUGAGACUCUGGGAGCUCUCCACACGGGAAGCUUGCCCUUAAACCCCAUCGUCCCACUGGGCAGCCCCCCAGACCUUCAGCACCCAGACCUGCUACACCCCUCCUGCCUGACUGAUGAUACCACCCUCAGACCUCUGACAGCCAGCCUGGUGGGUCUGGGGUCCUGAGUAACGGGGAAUGAUUCA